AUGUUCAGCUCCAUCUCCAGAAUCCUCGCUGGACAGUCGCCUCCCAAGAGCUCGUACCCAGGACCCGCGAGACCCGAUUACGAAGACACAACCGACAGAAUCUUCCCUUCCACCGCGCCCGCCGAGUAUCCCGAUGGGAUCGAGGAUCAUCACUUGACGGAUAUGGCUGCGCAACACUGGGGCCAAGACUCCAUCAUGGGUUCACCCAUUGCCCCGGACGUCGACGAAGGCCCCGACGAGAUUCCUGAUGGCAUCACCGACUACGUCGACCCCUUUUCUUCCAUGCAGCCUUUCUCCACCCAGCCCUUGUCCGACGAAGAGGAAGCAGCUCCCGCCCAACUAUCGAGCGAGUACGACGACGAGAAGAAGAAGAAAAAGAAAGGAAAAAAGGGAACGGAUGUGGACGAGAACAAGACCCACAGUAAGAAAGCGAAAAACAAGACGAGGUCGGCCGACUUUGAACAGUCUGGGCAGGCCCUUCCAACUCCCACCACGAGCAACGAAGAGAAUGCUUCCGCCAGUCAGAAGAAGAAAAAGCGUAAGCGUGAACCGAUGAACUCAACCGAGUCGAGCGAAGCACACGAUUCCGCCCGAAAGAAGAAGAGAAAGAACCGCACCACCUUGCAUGACAUCGAGGACGUCGACGUGGAACACUUGCCCGAGGGUACUGUAUCUGAUUCACCUAUCACCUCCGUCAGAGAUGACGCCGAAGACGCAAGCCCUGCCCGCAAGCGCAAUCCUGCUCUGGACUCAAUCUUGAAAUCCGACCCCCAGCGAUCGUACCUUGGGGGAGUCUCAAAACAGCUUUUCGACCAACCUUCCGACACUCCUGCUAUCGAUGCAAAGGACGACGAGACCCCCGUUUCCCUGUCGUCCCCGAGUGUCGCUGCGCAGAGAAGGAGGAGCAUGUCACGGGGCUCCCAGAUUUCUGUCUUGAGGCAGAGCUUGGCUCGAGAGGUCGCAUCCCAGCCUGAUCGAAUUUCAGAAGCGGCCGAAUCUGCAGAUGAGGCAAUGGAUGAGAAUGAAGGGAGCGCAUUGGACCCUGAGGAGUCGUCAGACGCACUGCAGCAUUCAGCGUCUGCCAGCCAACAGGAUCACGACGAAACCGACGGACAAGGCAAUGGAAGCGACGAGGACGCCGACAUGGCCGACGUUUCGAACGGAGCCGUUGCCAACAACCUACCGCCGUCCUCUCAGCCGCCUAGGAAAGAUGUUUCAAACUCGAUUGUCGAUGACGAGCUGGCCGUUGAAGAGCCACAACUACCCAUCAGAACUUUUCGUGAUGCCUUGAACAACUCGGCUAAGAAGCAAGCCGCCCACGCCAAAAUGGCUAUCUCUGAGCGUGAGAAGCCUGUAGCCACGCCCAGAGCUUCUCGUCGUCGGAACGUCGAGGAUGACGCAUACAACUCUGACACUGGUAACGUUCCAAGUUCGGCCCAAAAAUCGGCUCGCUCCACAGCAUCCAAAAGACAGCGACCGAAGCCAGACUUCUUUGAGCAUGCGCCCAAAAGCCGAUUCACUGUUGAAAACCAGGAGGCUGAAGCGAAUCUUGACGUCGACGAUGCGCAAAACGCCAAGGAAAACCUAGCCGCUCUAUCCGAGCUCCCUUCUGCUGAGGCAACGGAGCCUCGGAAGAAACAGAAGAAGAGUCGAAAGCCGGCAACAGCUCGCGCAUCAACCGCAGCCCACCUUGCUACGCCCAAGACGAAUGCUACCAAGAGGACUGCAUCCCAGAAAGCAGCAGCCCCUCACCCAGAUUCAGAACAGUUCCUCACGGGACAGUUCUCUGUCGACGAGAUGCGAAUGCUCUCGGAGGCUGUCGAAAAAUAUCGCGACGAACACGGAUUGUCACAAAAAGAGAUGAACGAUCGUAUCCAAAUGAAGAACCGCAAAAAAGCUGAGAAGUCAAACAGGGCUAAGGGUCUCGAGUUUGACAGUCAACAGUUCCAGGACAUGUGGGCCGCUAUCUGUGCCGGUGUUCCCAAUAGGCGCCGUCAAAAGAUCAUCGACGUCGCUCGUCAAGAAUUUCACAACUUCAAGGCACGCGGAGGAGGAUGGACGACACAGGAAGACGCCAGACUGGAGGAGCUUCACACUAAGCAUGAGGGCUCCUGGGUCAAAAUUGCCGAUGAAAUGAACCGCCAUCCCAACGACGUUCGAGACCGCUAUCGCAACUAUGUCAUCUGCGGCGGCAUUGAGACUCGCAUGAAAUGGACCGAAGAAGAGGAACGAGAGUUAGUUGAGCAUGUCGUUGCCUCGCUGAGACGGAUUGACAGGUCGCCUGGAAACAGUCGGAAGUCGCCAUUGUCUCUUCUCAACUGGCAGAGCAUCAGCGAGCUAAUGGGCCAUCGGCGCAGCCGUCUGCAAUGCGCGAAGAAGUUCAAGACGCUCAACGUGGAACUGAGCCCUACAGAAGUUCUGCGGUGCUCACGACCCUCAUCAACGGUUACCUGGACACUGGAGAAGGCUCGUAAGCAGAUUCGGGAGAUGCCACCCGAAGACAAGUACGAAAUGGUCAACGCCAUCCUUGCCGGGGCCGCCCGCAGCGACCGAGAUAUCAGGUGGGCGAAGCUUGUCGACUUGCAGUUCCGCCAAAAAUGGCCUAAGCCGACUCUCAAGUUACUGUGGCAUCGUCUGAAGCGGCAGGUUCCCGACUACGAGGAGAAGACGGUCAGAGACUGCAGCCGCUGGCUACUGGAAGAUGCCGAAGCAAACGGCCUACGAGGCGUCAAAUUCCUCGAUGGCGGACACGCAGACGGCGACUCAGAAGAUGAAUUGAUGGUUGUCAACCCUCCCAAGAAGCAGCAGGGCCCUAGUCGACGAGGCAAGAAACGCAAGGACCGCAGCGAGGAAAUGGUGGUUGAUUCCGACAGUGCGGAGGAUGACGAAACCCGACUGGCGAACACCGAUUCUCCUUCCGCACAACAGCAGCCAUCUUCGGCGGCAUCGCAUCGAUCCACCCCGCGCCUGGCGUAUGCCCCAGAGAGUACCCCCCGCGCGACUCCUCGGAAUUUGCGUCCCGCAACAACCCGGGACCGAACUAGACUGGCACCUAGUGAGUCGGAAGGAGUUAAGCCCAGCCCGGCUAAGAAGCGGGUCAGGCUCUCUGGGAGCAGGUCAGCGCGGCAGCAUUCGUUGGAGGAAGAGGGCGCUCCGUCAGAACCCAUGACCUCUCAGUAUGCGGUCAAGGACAUACCCGAUAGACUCAAGGAGAAGAAAGAAGCAACCAGGCGACGGAUAUCGUCGGGCAGCCGACUUCGCUCUACGGCGUCACUUCAGCCUGAGUCCGUUCAAAAUAGCGACAUGGAUGAAGACAUGCCGCCGAUUCACGUACCACCAUCGACGCAGCCGCCAAGCCGCCAGAGCUAUAUUUUCAAUGUCCCACCAGGCACCUGGGCCAGGAAGACAGGAAACAACAUCCUGCCUGGCUUACCUGUUGAAGAGGGAGCAGAGAAGUCAAUGUCGGACUUGGAGGCUUCCAGUGGUGAGACGCCUGAGGUGGAGAAUAACACACCAGUGGAUGUGGCAGCGUCUGUGGCGAUCACCAAACCACACGAGAAGAAGGACAGACGCAUGAAGACGCGAGUGGCCAAGUCCCCAACUUAG